UGUAGAGAUGUUUAUGUAAAGUUGUGAUAUUUGGACGUUUGUUUUGGUCGUUGUUUAUGCGUGUGUUGCAUCUGGCUUGGCGCUGCAAUCGACGAAGCAACUUCGUUUUUAGGUGCUGAACAAGCAAAAGAAGGCAUCUGAAGGCAACAAACAAACAGCUGAUGGCAAUUAUGGUGCGUAAUUUGUGUUUGCUUUAGUUUCUAUCGCAGCUGUGAUCGUGGGAGGAGGGCUGACAGGGAAGAUAUUGGGGCGAGCAGUGAAAGUGUAAACGUAAUGUUUGGAUUGUAAACUUGGACGAUCAACAAUCAACAUCUUCGUGAGUUUUCCUUUGUUGCCCGCUUGGCGAGCGUCUCUUUUUUCCUUUUGUUUCCGUUGAUUCGACAUGGAGAAGAACGACGGCGAGACGAUCGAGAGGCAAGGAAGCUAUUUGUUGCUGCGCCAUGCCAGUCAGAAUUCUUUGGAUGAGAGCAGCCAGAAGCAUAUUUCUAGGCCAUCUGGAAAGGAGAAGCCACCUUAUCAUAACUACAGUCACACUAUAAAAGCAUUCAAUGUUAUCAAUUUGAUGAGAAAACAGGUGCAACUUUGCGAUGUAACGUUAAUUGCGGAUGAUGUAGAGGUACCCGCUCAUAAAAUGGUGUUGGCUGCAUGUUCGCCUUACUUUUACGCGAUGUUCAACAGCUUUGAGGAGAGCAAACAAGACAAGAUCACGUUGCAAGGCGUCGACUCUCAGGCUUUGUCUCUCCUAAUUGAGUAUGUUUAUACCUCAGAGGUGCAGGUGACUGAGGAGAAUGUGCAGGUGCUGCUUCCGGCCGCAAAUCUGCUUCAACUGACUGACGUGCGAGACGCCUGCUGCGAAUUUCUGCAAUCCCAGUUGCAUCCCACAAACUGUUUGGGUAUUCGGGCCUUCGCGGAUCUUCACGGCUGCUUGGAGCUUUUAAGUCACGCUGAAUCUUACAUCGAACAACAUUUUCCAGAGGUUGUCGAAUGUGAGGAGUUUCUCACGCUAUCGCAACAGCAGGUGUGCAAAUUGAUUUGCAGCGAUCGUUUGACUGUUCCUUCAGAGGAAAGGGUUUUCGAAUGCGUUAUAGCUUGGGUCCAGCACGAUCUGGAUGCGAGAACCAACCAUCUCGCUUCUCUCAUGGAACAUGUGCGACUCCCACUGAUGUCGCAGGAGUAUUUAAUGCAGCGUGUUGAGGAGGAACCGCUGCUGAAGACAGAUUUAAAAUGCAAAGAUUUUUUGAUCGAAGCCCUAAAGUUUCACUUGCUCAAAGGUGACACUAAUAUUACGUUCAAAACGCCACGGACUAAGCCAAGGCAACCGGUUGGGUUACCAAAAGUGCUUCUGGUUGUGGGAGGGCAAGCGCCUAAAGCUAUUAGAAGCGUUGAAUGCUAUGAUUUUAAAGAGGACAGAUGGUAUCAAGUUGCGGAUAUGCCGACGAGACGUUGCAGAGCUGGCUUGGCUGUAUUAAAUGGGAAAGUCUAUGCUGUGGGUGGUUUCAAUGGAUCUUUGCGUGUUAGAACUGUGGACGUUUACGAUGCUGCUUUGGAUCAAUGGAAUACGUGCACGAGUAUGGAGGCGAGACGUUCUACGCUCGGCGUUGCCGUAUUAGGGAACUGUAUUUACGCUGUAGGAGGUUUUGAUGGGUCUACCGGUUUAAAUACCGCUGAAAUGUAUAAUCCGCAAUUGCAAAAGUGGAAAUCGAUUUCUCCUAUGUCGACUAGAAGAAGUAGUGUUGGAGUUGGGGUUGUGGAUGGUUUGCUUUACGCGGUCGGAGGUUAUGACGGCUUCACUAGGCAAUGCUUAAAUUCGGUCGAAUGUUAUAAUCCGGAAGCAAACAGUUGGAGUAACGUUCCCGACAUGUGCUUCCGAAGAAGCGGCGCCGGUGUUGGCGUUUUGGAAGGUAUACUUUAUGCAGUAGGUGGACACGACGGACCUUCGGUUCGGAAGUCCGUGGAGGCUUACGAUCCUGCAACAAGGAAAUGGUCCGAGAUUCCCGACAUGGCCUUCUGCAGACGUAACGCCGGCGUUAUAGCCAUGAACGGUCUUCUCUAUGUCGUGGGUGGCGAUAAUGGUAACUGCAAUUUGUCCAGCGUUGAGGUUUACAACCCGAAGACGGACACGUGGGCUAUCUUGACCAGCCUCAUGGAGAUCGGACGCAGUUACGCUGGUGUCGCGAUCAUAGACAAGCCCAUAUGAAGUUUGGCCAUUGCUGGCAAUGGGGUCACCACUGGCAGCAUUUUCAGGUAUGCAAAUUGUUCCGAUGAUAAUAGUAACGCCGAGGGGGCGGUCGGUUACGAUCCACAACCGUCGACAUCGAAGGAACAG